AUGAAGCUGAAAAUCAAGACUUUGAAUAACUUGGAGGCGGAGGUUGACGUGGAGGCGGAUAUCACCGUGGCGGAUUUGAUGAAGGCUGUGGAGGCUGCUCUGCCAGCGCUGCCGUCGGACCGUCAGAAGCUGAUUCACUCAGGGAAGGUUUUGAAACGAGAGUUACGGCUCUCUGAUUACUCUGACAUAAAGGAUGGAGACAAAGUCAUCGUUAUAACGUCCAAGCAGCCACCCACUGUUUCCACCGCGCCAGUUGUUGAGCAACCUGUUUCACCUCCCGAAGUCCAACCUUCUGCGACGGCUGUGUCAACGGAGCCUUUGGCUUCCGCGUCUUCGAGAUUCGUUACUGGAUCUGAGCUUGAAAUGAACAUUUCCCGUAUUUGCGAAAUGGGUUUCCCGCGCGCCGAGGUGGAACAGGCUAUGGCGGCUGCUUUUAACAAUCCCGAGCGCGCCGUUGAAUUCCUUUCUACAGGCAACAUCCCAUCUCCUGGUGAUUUUUUGCUAAAUCCUGGUGUGGAUGAUCACCAGCCAUCAAAUAAUGCGAUGCAUGCGGCCAGUCAGGAUGUGUCCUUACAAUCGAUCCAAUCGCAUCCAGCCUUCCAGCAAAUAAGACAGGCCCUUAACUCCGACCCUCAAAUGCUGCAGCAACUGCUCGAAAACAUCGGUAGUACAAAUCCGGAGCUGCUUCAGAACAUAGUGGAGCACCAGGACGAGUUUAUGAAUAUGCUCAACAGCGCAGGUGGCGCUGACCCCCUUUUAUCCGGCGAUGACGGCCCUGCCGUUGUCCAACUGACAGAGGAGGAUGUGGCCAUCGUGGAGCGACUGGAGGGCUUGGGAUUUCCCCGCCCCGCAGUAAUUGAAGCGUUCCUGGCCUGUGACAAGAACGAGGAGAUGGCGGCAAACUAUUUGCUGGAGAACGCGAACGACUUCGCGUCGGAGGAGUGA